GUUUGUGUUCUCUUCUGUUUGCAGGGCCUUAUAUGCUGGGCACCGGUCUGCUCCUGUACAUGCUGUCUAAGGAAAUUUACGUAAUCAAUCACGAGACCUUUGCUGCCGCUUCAAUCGGUGCAGUCAUCAUUUAUAGCAUCAAGAAGUUUGGGCCCAGUGUAGCCGCCUUCGCCGAUAAAAUCAAUGAGGAUAAAGUGUCAGAGGCUCAGGAAGUGAAGGAUCAGGCCAUGGGUAGCCUAGCUCAAGGCAUUGAGGAUGAGAAGAAGGAGCAGUGGAGAGUGGAAGGAAGACACAUGCUCUUUGAUGCCAAGAGGAACAAUGUGGCUAUGCUGCUGGAGACCAAUUACAGGGAGCGGCUGCACAUGGUGACCAAUGAGGUGAAGAAGAGGCUGGACUACCAGGUGGAGCUUCAGAACCUGCACCGCCGCAUGGAGCUGGAGCACAUGGUGAACUGGGUCGAGCAGAGCGUCAUAAAGAGCAUCACCCCACAGCAGGUACAGGGAAUGUGGUCACUCCAUUGACGCUUUAUUGUAUUUAU